AUGGAGAUGGAGAUGGAGGAGGAUGAGGAGGAAGAGGGUAAUUUCUACGUGGUCACCAGGCCAGCCCUUGGAGAGGCAAUCACUUCCACUGUGCCCUCACAAGCAGGCAGCCUCCGCAUCAGUUCCCAGAAGGCCCCAGGAGGACAACCCGGGCCACAGCGGGUCGGCACCCGAACCGGCACCAUCUCCCUACCACAGCAUCUCUUAGGUCAGGUGGGGCUGCUACCUCCCGGGUUGCGACAUCAAGACCUAGAGAGCGCCCCCUCCGACGGUGCCUUGCGAGACCAAUUGCUGCUUGGACUCCGAGAUGGUCCCCUCGCCCAAGCUCUUAAAGUCUACGCUCGCCGCAACCCCGACCUGGAUUUUGCUGACCUGCGCCAGGAAGCCCUGCUGCUAGACUCCGACUAUGGCCACCCACGACCAGAGGUAACGUGUUCAGCAAUUAAUAAACAAUAUGGCUCCCCUAGACCCCCACAGGAUAUUGACUGGAAGGAACAACUCAAGCGAGAGAUCAUGGACGAUGUCCAGGCCCAGAUGAAGGGGCUUACGAAAGAUAUUGUGGCGGAGCUUAAACCACUACUGCAGUCAGCCUCCCCACAACCUAGUUCUCCAAAUCCAACUUGGAACCGGCCGUACUCACCCAGACCCUACAAUGAUCGGGACGAACAGGGUAGACCUAUUUGUCACCGCUGCAGAAAAGCAGGUCGAUUUAAAAAAUUGGGGCGGCUUUACUAUAUCGACGAUUCGGACGUGCAUGGUACUAAUGACCUUGCCCUGACUGUGGAAGAGGACGGAGUUGUUCAAGUGGCUUUGGUGAAUGCUAACGUUGAGCCCUUAAGCUCCGAACUACCUGCAGAGAAGAGCAUACUGGGGGACCGGCCCGAUUUGUCUGCACAACAGCAGGGGGAGCUCCACGCCCUACUACAGAAGUGGGAGAGUGUUUUCGCGCAGCACAAAGAGGAUUUUGGGCGGACAAACAUAGUGCAGCAUAGAAUCCCGACAGGGGAUGCUGCCCCCACUCGAGAGGUAUCGGCCGAUUCCACCCAUGCUGUACAAGGAGAUGAAGACCCUCCUCGCAGGUAUGCUCGAACAGGGGGUUAUACGGGAGAGCUGUAG